GGAGCUGAUGUGUCACUUACUGAUAACCAGGGCAGAGACUGUCUGAUGUAUGCAUGUGAGAGAGAUAACAUGUCUAUAGUUAGGCACCUACUAUCUUUGAAAACAAUCAACAUCAACAGGAGAGAUCCCAACAACAUGACACCCGCCAUGAUUGCAGCUGAAGCCGGACACGCUGAUGUUCAUCACCUUCUUGUGUCAGAGGGAGCUGAUGUGUCACUUACUGAUAACCAGGGCAGAGACUGUCUGAUGUAUGCAUGUGAGGGAGAUAACGUGUCUAUAGUUAGACACCUACUAUCAUUGGACAAAAUCAACAUCAACAGGAGAGAUCACGACAACAUGACACCAGUCAUGAUUGCAGCUAAAGCCGGACACUCUGAUGUUUAUCACCUUCUUGUGUCAGAGGGAGCUGAUGUGUCACUUACAGAUAACAUGGGCAGAGACUGUCUGAUGUAUGCAUGUGAGAGAGGUAACAUGUCUAUAGUUAGGCACCUACUAUCUUUGAAAACAAUCAACAUCAACAGGAGAGAUCCCAACAACAUGACACCCGCCAUGAUUGCAGCUGAAAGCCGGACACGCUGAUGUUUAUCACCUUCUUGUGUCAGAGGGAGCUGAUGUGUCACUUACAGAUAACCAGGGCAGAGACUGUUUGAUGUAUGCUGUGAGGGAGGUACCAUGUCUAUAGUUAGGCAUCUACUAUCUUUGAAAACAAUCAACAUCAACAAGAGAGAUCCCAACAACAUGACACCCGCCAUGAUAGCAGCUAAAGCCGGACACUCUGAUGUUUAUCACCUUCUUGUGUCAGAGGGAGCUGAUGUGUCACUUACAGAUAGCAGGGGCAGAGACUGUCUGAUGUAUGCAUGUGAGAGAGGUACCAUGUCUAUAGUUAGGCAUCUACUAUCUUUGAAAACAAUCAACACCAACAGGAGAGAUCCCGACAACAUGACACCCGCCAAGAUUGCAGCUGAAGCCGGACACUCUGAUGUUUAU